GCCUGUAUUGUUGUUUCCAAUCGCUGACACGUGGCUGGAAGGGAACGGUGUCUGGGCGAGGCUGGGCUUUAUCUCGGUGUACCGAGGGCGGCAGAUGCUCGAGUUUAGAGGAAGGGAGUCCCAAAUGUCUGGAAGAGCUCGUGUGAAAGCAAGAGGGAAGGCCUUCUCUGUAGAGGAAGGAACGCCUGGACAGCUUGGCUCUUCUGAACCGGGUUCCUCAGGGAGUGGUGGUUCCAUUGCUGUGCUGGCUGGAGAAGAUGCCACUCAGAGCUGCUCAGGAGUUGGGAAAAGCUCUCCGAAAUAUGGCUUUUCGGUUGCUGAUUCUGGUUAUAAAGUGAUGGACCGAGGAGGUAGAAUCCGCUGCACUUUCCAGGACAUGGGAGUGAAUACACGACAGACUAUGGCACAUGUGAAAAAUACUAAAACAGGAUCCAGCGGCAUUCCCGUCAAAAUCUGCACAAAUCUAUUUGGGUUAUGGUUGCCCAAGGACUGGCAACUGUACCAAUACCAUGUCGAGUUUAGCCCAGAGCUGGGGUCGAGACGGUUGCAGCUUGCGCUGUUGUACAGCCACACCAAAUUUCAACUAAAAGCCAAAGCGUUUGAUGGAGCGACGCUGUUUCUUACGGAGAGAUUAGAAAGCAAUGUCACAGAAUUGUCUUGUGAAACCCGAAGAGGAGAGGCUGUCAAGAUCACCCUCACGCUGGUCAAUCAGCUGCCCCCCGGCUCUCCUGCGUGCAUCCAGGUUUUAAACAUCAUCUUUAAGAAGAUUUUGAAAAAGUUGUCUAUGUACCAAAUCGGACGAAACUUCUACAGUCCUUCAGAUCCAAUAGAGAUACCACAGCAUAAACUAACUCUUUGGCCAGGCUUCGCUGUGUCGGUGGGGCAGUUUGAGAACAGAGUGAUGCUCUGUGCGGAUGUGAGCCAUAAAGUCCUUCGGAACGAAAACGUCCUGGAGUUUAUGACUGCAAUUUAUAACAGUGUGGAUCUGGCACGUUUUGCGGAGACGUGUGAAAAGGAACUGUUGGGACUCGUAGUUCUUACCAGAUACAACAACAAAACCUACCGGAUUGAUGAUAUUGAGUGGUCGGUGAAGCCUACAGAUAGUUUCCCGAAACGUGAUGGCACUCAGAUCUCUUACGAAGAUUAUUACAAGCAGAAGUAUGAUUUAGCUGUGAGUGACCUAAACCAACCAAUGCUUGUUAGCCAGUUGAAGACUAAACGUGGCAGCGACACUGUUGAGCCCCGCGUGGCCCUUCUGGUUCCUGAGCUCUGCUACUUGACAGGUCUGAGCAGCCAGGCAAUCGCUGAUUUCCGUUUGAUGAGGGAGUUGGCUAAGGAAACACACCUGACCCCCCAAAGCAGGCAACAGAGGCUGUCUAGACUGGCUGACAACAUUCAGAGAAACAAAGACGCCCGCUUAGAGCUGGAGACCUGGGGGCUGCAGCUUGGGUGCCAGGUUUCCCUCACUGGCCGUGUAGUGACGUCAGAAAAAAUCCUAAUGCAGGAUGUGAUUAUGCCCAUGAGUGCCGGGGACUGGUUCCGAGAUAUGCGGAACGUCAGAGUAAUGGGAGUGAUGCCUCUGGAGAACUGGCUUGUGAUGUUCAGCGGCAGGAACUCGGAGCUAGCCCAUAAUCUCAUGGACUGUUUGAGAAGAGUGGGAGGCCCCAUGGGAUUUCAGAUCGAAUAUCCCAAAGUCGUGCAAGUACAAGAAAGCCCCGCGGCAUUUGUGCGAGCCCUGCGACAGCACGUGAAUCCGGAGCUGCAGCUGGUGCUCUGCGUGCUGCCUUCAAACCUAAAGGACAGCUACGACUCCAUUAAGAAAUACCUGACCCUUGAGCAUCCCAUUCCCAGCCAGUGUGUCCUUGCUCGUACCCUGAGCAAGCAGGGCAUGUUGAUGAGCGUGGCUACCAAAAUUGCAAUGCAGGUCAUCUGUAAGAUUGGUGGGGAGCUCUGGACAGUUGAUGUACCACUGAAGUCCCUCAUGGUGGUUGGGAUUGACGUCAACAAAGAUGCCAUCAACAAAGGAACCUCGGUUGUUGGGUUUGUGGCUAGCACUAAUAUCAAGCUCAGCAGGUGGUUCUCUCGGUGCGUGCUGCAGAAGUCAGGAACAAACAUGGCAGAUUGUUUAAAGAUCUGCAUGGAAGGUGCCCUGAACCAGUGGCAAAAGUGCAAUGGGCAGUUGCCCACACGUGUUAUCGUAUACCGCGAUGGUGUCGGAGACGGCCAGCUGAAAAUGGUGGUGGACUACGAAGUUCCACAGUUGUUUAGUGUCCUCAGUGAAUGCGGUGGGAAUCACAGGCCCAAAUUAUCUGUGAUUGUUGUCCGCAAGAGAUGCCUUUUACGGUUUUUCACUGAAGCGAAUCGGAGCUUGGAGAAUGCUCCAAUUGGGACUGUAAUUGAUACAGAAGCUACUCGUCCAAAUUGGUAUGACUUUUUCUUGAUUAGCCAGCUUGCUCGCCAGGGUACCGUUAACCCCACACAUUAUAAUGUGGUGUAUGAUGACAACGGGUUAAAGCCAGAGCACAUGCAACGUCUUACAUACAAGAUGUGCCACCUGUACUACAACUGGCCUGGCCUCAUCAGAGUGCCGGCCCCUUGUCAGUAUGCCAACAAGCUGACGUUCUUGGUGGGCCAGAGCAUCCACCAAGAGCCAAGGCUGGAACUUGCCGACAAACUUUUCUACUUGUGAAGAGCAUGGAGAGACAGGGAUUUUGAAGAGGGAGGAGCACUUGGUGCAGUUUUGUUUUGAUGUGGAGAAAAUGUUACUGUUUUUAGAGUUGUGAUAGCAAAACUUAUGGACUGUUAUCUGAGUGAAGAAAGCAGAUUAUUUAGAGAGUCCUCUGUAAGAGAGGGCUGUUGGUUUUAAAUAAAAGUUGCAUUCUGUU